AAAAAAUAAUAGAAGAAAGAGGAGGAUGUCUGCUCCCAUCUCCCUCUACACUGUGGAGGAAGAGUUUUGCUUUCCUGCAUCAUAUGUCAGCAAGGGCUUAGAAAAAUAGGAUUUUUAUCAUUUUUUCUCUCUCUUUAAUUAGUGAUCCUUACUUCAUUGUUUCGCCCUAUAAUUAUGCUACUAGCAUUCACCUACCAGGAUCACAUGAUGAGAUAAUGAUGCAUCCCACAGCCAUUAGCAAAUGCUUCACACCAACCUUCUAUAUCAAGUCUUUUUCUAUUUCUUUUUGGCCCCCUUCCAUUGUUGAAAACAUAUUUGGUUUCCUUUUGUCUUUUCUUUGUUUUCGUUUCCUUUUACCUCACCUGUGAGUGCCGAUCAAUGAUCCCAGGUCAGAUUGAGGAAGAACCAAGUGGGUGUCUCUGGGAUUUUUCCUAUUAUUGGACUUUCUGUAGUCGGGGUUUGGAAGGUAUAACCUCGAUGGGUUACACGGGCUGUGCUGGGACAAGAAGCAGGAAAGAAGAAGGAAGGAGAAAGCAGGGUUGAUGUAAAAAAAAGCAAAGCACGGGAACCAUCCUUUUCCUGUCCCCUCCUCUGAUGAAAUCCCUGUCGCUGCUGGGCUUCGCCUUGAGUGGCUCCUCCAAAAGGUUUGGACUUGAUGGGUUCUUGGUGAUCUGGAGGCAGUGAAGACGAGGAGAGAGGGUUAGAACUGCCCUCCUCCCCUCCCAUCUGAUGAUAUAUCUCAGUCAAGCUGUUGUGUUUUGUUCCAAGAUCUCUUCUUCUGCCUGAAAUCAGUGAAGAGGAUAACAGAGUGGGAAAAAGUGGGGGCCUGAAUAAGAACAAGGAAAGCAAGAUCCGCCUUCCCUCCUAGCUGAUGUAAAUUAAGGUGGACUGGAGACAGAUUAGUUGGCUCAUCCCAAAAUCUCAUCUUGCAGUAGAUCCUCUGGUAAAGCUGGAAUCUUGAUUUGUAGGUUGUUCGGAUUUCCUUCGGGGAUCACAAGCUUCUUUUGUGCUAUUUCUCUGGCAUUUCUAAAGCUUCAGAGGUUUGAGCUAUGGCUAGGAUGUCAUGGAGAAGGGUCUCUUUUGCUGACGGCAGGCAAUGCAAGGGUGGUGGAAGGUUUAGAGACAUGUUGCUGGUUCUCUUUGUUCUCUGUGGUGUUAGUUGCUUGAUCUGGUUAUUAUGGGGAUUGGACGACUAUGGAAUUUCCGAAAGGAAAGUCAGAGUUAGGGACUUGUGGAAUGAGAGUGACCAGAUGCUGCUUGAUCAACACAACCUUAACAAGGAUCAGCUUCAGGCGUUGGCUUUGCUAAUCUCUUCACUGGAUCAGGGAAGAAUCUAUGAGUGCAUGAACAAGUCUGUAGCUGAUGAAAUACUUAGCAGUAGCCUUUUUCAUGCAUUAGCAGAACUGCAAUCAGAGACAGGUCAUUUUCUAGAUCAGCAACACUGGGACGUGGAAACUAUUUCAGACAAGAAGGAAUCUGUACAAGUCACAAUACAGCAUCAUGCAAUGUUUUUGAAGACACUGUUUAACAUACUCUGUCUGGUGGUUGGAAUAGUCAUCUUUUUGGUGGGAUUUGUCCUUGGUAGAUUUUCAAAGUCCUCAGAUCAGUUUCAGCAGCAGAAGCAUUACAAACCACAAAACUCUAAGGGUAGUGGCAAAUGGAGUAAGAAAUUCUUAGUUAUAGGAGUCUUACUUGGGCUUUUAGUGGCCAUAUGGAUAUUUGUGAGCAUGAAUGCAGAUAUUACUGAAAGGAGGAAAGAGACUCUUGUUAACAUGUGUGAUGAGAGAGCUCGGAUGCUGCAGGAUCAGUUCAAUGUGAGCAUGAAUCAUGUGCAUUCAUUAGCCAUUCUAGUCUCAACUUUUCAUCAUGGAAAGCAACCUUCUGCUAUUGAUCAGAAAAUAUUUGCUGAAUACACAGCAAGAACAUCAUUUGAAAGGCCAUUGAUGAGCGGUGUUGCAUAUGCUUUGAGAGUAUUACACUCGGAGAGGGAGGAGUUCGAGAAGCAGCAUGGAUGGAAGAUAAAGAAGAUGGAGACAGAGUACCAGUCCCUAGUUAAAGAUGACUAUAACCCUGAGAAGCUUGAUCCCUCACCCGUUCAAGAUGAAUAUGCUCCUGUUAUAUUCUCACAGGAAACAGUAUCUCACAUUGUAUCCAUUGAUAUGAUGUCUGGCAAGGAAGACCGAGAGAACAUAUUACGAGCACGGGCUACUGGGAAAGGGGUCUUAACUUCUCCUUUUCAUCUUUUAAAGUCCAAUCACCUUGGCGUAGUGCUUACUUUCGCAGUGUAUAACACUAACCUGCCUCCAAAUGCCACGGCAGAAGAGCGCAUUAAGGCUACUGUUGGAUAUCUUGGUGCAUCAUUUGAUGUCCCAUCUUUGGUGGAAAAACUUCUUCAUCAGCUUGCCAGCAAGCAAACCGUUGUUGUUAAUUUGUAUGACACAACAAAUGUUUCUGCACCUAUUAGGAUGUAUGGUCCAGAUGUUGCUGGUGCUCAAGAGAUUCAUAUUAGUUAUGUUGAUUUUGGGGAUCCAACCCGGAAGCAUGAAAUGCAUUGCAGAUUCAAGCACAAGCCUCCACUGCCUUGGUCAGCAAUAACCAUGUCAAUAGGGGUUGCAGUAAUUGUUCUGCUAAUUGGACAUAUAUUUCAUGCGGCUUUGAACCGCAUUGAGGAGGUAGAAGAUGAUUACCGUCAAAUGAGAGAGCUGAAAGGCCAAGCAGAAGCUGCUGAUAUAGCAAAAUCUCAGUUUCUGGCAACAGUUUCCCAUGAAAUAAGGACUCCAAUGAAUGGUGUCUUAGGUAUGUUACAGAUGUUGAUGGACACAGAUCUCGAUGCAACCCAACAGGACUUUGCAAUGACUGCUCAAUCAAGUGGAAAGGCUCUAAUAACUCUAAUAAAUGAGGUCCUCGAUCAGGCUAAGAUAGAGUCUGGCAGGCUUGAGCUAGAGGCUGUUCCCUUUGAUCUCCGUGAUGUUCUGGACAAUGUGCUAUCUCUUUUCUCUGAUAAGUCACAAGCUAAAGGCAUAGAGAUGGCAGUGUAUGUAUCUGAACAAGUUCCAGAGAUUUUGAUUGGAGACCCUGGAAGGUUCAGGCAGAUCAUCACAAAUCUUGUUGGGAAUUCAGUGAAGUUCACAGAGAUGGGACAUAUAUUUGUCUCAGUAGAUCCAGUCGAAGAAGUUAAGAGUGCAAAGAAUGUCCUGUGUGAGACAUUGAGUGGGUUUCAUGUGGUAGACAAACAAAAAAUCUGGGAGAAUUUCACAAUGUUCAAAUCUUCAACUGAAGGCAAUGAUGCAAUCAAUUUGAUGGUGACUGUUGAAGACACUGGUGUUGGAAUACCUCAAGAUGCUCAGAGCCGUAUUUUCACACCAUUUAUGCAAGCUGACAGUUCUACUUCAAGGACAUAUGGUGGGACUGGUAUAGGCUUGAGCAUUAGCAAAUGCUUAGUGGAUCUUAUGGGAGGAGAAAUAGGCUUUGUUAGCAAGCCUGGGAUUGGCAGUACUUUUUCUUUCACUGCUGUGUUCAGGCAAGGAUGCAAAAAUGCAGGUGAAAUAAAGAGGCAUUACUCUGAUCCAACUUCAUCAGAUUUCCGAGGUAUGAGAGGACUGGUUGCUGAUGGGAGAAGCAUUCGUGCUAGAAUCCUCAAGUAUCAUUUGCAAAGGUUGGGAAUACACAUUGAUAUUGUGACUGACCAAGAUUCUGCACUUUGUACCAUAUUGGAUCCAUGCAGUACCAGUGGGAGAGGGCGUUUAGACAUGGUACUUGUUGAUAAAGAUGCUUGGGGUGAGGGUGAGGGCAUAUUAUUUCCACACCUUCUUUUAGAUCACAGGCGAAAUGGUACAGUGAUGCCUCAAGAAAGUCCAAAAAUGUUUCUGGUAGCAACUUCCCUAAGCCCCUCAGAGGUUCGUGACCUGAAGUCGGCAGGAUACGUUGAUAGUAUACUGAAGCCACUGCGCCUGAGUAUGAUUGCUGCUUGUCUUCGGAAAGCACUAGGUGUAGGGCAUAAGAGGCAGCACUUGAAGAGGCAACUGGUACCACUUAAAAGUCUUCUCAGUGGAAAAAGCAUCCUGGUUGUUGAUGACAAUGCAGUCAACCGUAAAGUUGCUGCUGGUGUUCUGAAGAAAUUUGGUGCUUUAGUUACAAGUGCUGACAGUGGGAAGGAGGCUAUUAGAAUGCUACAACCUCCACACAAUUUUGAUGCUUGCUUUAUGGAUGUUCAAAUGCCAGAGAUGGAUGGCUUUGAAGCCACAAGACAAAUCCGUCUCAUGGAAAAUAGAGUCAAUGAGCUCAUUCACUCUGGAGAUGCAUCAAUGGAAUUGUAUGGUAAUAAAACACAUUGGCAUGUACCUAUACUGGCCAUGACAGCUGAUGUAAUUCAGGCAACACAUGAAGAAUGUCUACGAUGUGGUAUGGAUGAUUAUGUCUCAAAGCCUUUCGAUGAACGACAGCUCUACUCUGCUGUAGCACAUUUCUUUGAGUCUGAUAUGGUAGAUGGAGUUUCAUAAGAGAUAAAAGGUUUCUGACUGCUAAGACAUGAUUCUGGCCUUCACCUAAAGCAUGUAUCUAGCAAUCUCAAGGUGUUGAGUGACAGAAGAGAUAAUGGCUGACAUGAGAGCAACGGAGCAGCGUGGCAGUCGUUCAAGCUUAACCAACCUUCUGGACAUUCUGGUUUGUGCAGUCAUUAAUUGUUGAACAUCUCCAGCAGAAUUGGACUGCUAAUUCUUUUAUCAAUUCCUAGAAAGCUGGUCCUAGAUGUUCAAAUUCAAAUGCAUUGUCAUGAAGAUUAGAAGAUUAUUGUCUGAUUAAGCAGAUGUCCUGAUUGUAAUUUUUGUCCAGGAGCACUCAGAGCUACCAGCUCUACAUAACAAAUUUCUCUCAAGGUACCACUGAAAGAACAGAGGUAAUGCUCAUAUGCUGCAAUGUUGUAUUAUUAAUGUAAACAGAUUUGCAAUUGUAUUUUGUUGAUUCAUAUGUUUUGGUUAUAGUUUGAAGAUUCCAUGUAGGAGAUAUAAUUUUUUAUUUAUUGAGAGUUGUAGAUAGGCAGGCUAUAGUUAUGACUAUAGGGGAAUAGCUUCGAGCAUUCUAUACUGCCAUGAGUUUUGGGCCAAAUGCUGUAAUUUUAUCAGAUCCUUGUGAUAUAAUAAGAUCAUGUUACUUUAAUGUUCCUGGAGCAACAUUCUUGUAGUACAAACUUCAAUUUCAGAAAUUUUCGUUGAACUUGGA